GCCGGGCCGGCAGCGGAGAACGGCCUGGAGGAAGGAGAGGGGGGGGAGGAAGACGGGAGAGAGGGGGAGGGAGAAGAAGAGAGAGAGGGGGAGGAAGACGGGAGAGAGGGGGAGGAAGGAGAGGAAGAUCUGGACGACGAGCUGGACGCGUCCCAGCUGGAGAGGUUUAUGAAGGACAGGAGGAGAGCGACGUCUCUGCCCGCGUACCCGGCCGCGCUGCUGCUCGGGGGGUCCACGUGUCCCCACGGGAGGAAGCACGUGAAGUUCGCCGACUCCAUGGGCCUGACCCUGGCCAGCGUCAAGACCUUCAGCUCGCUGGAGGAGCCGCGGGUCCCGAGCACGGUCCUGUCCCGGCACAACAGCUUCCCGCAGUCCGAGCCGCGCCCCGGCUUCAGGCCCGGCAGCCUGGGCGCGGACCGGCUGGUCGCGUGCUUCCCGGAGUCCCGGGACACGGAGCGCCGCGUGCAGCGGCUCCGCGUGUGCCUGGAGAAAGUCGCCAUCACGCAGUUCGAGGUGCGCGGGCAGAUCCGGGUCUUGUCCGGCGGCGGCGCCGGCAGAGAGGUCGGCGUGAGGUACACCUUCAACGACUGGCUCUCCCACGUGGACGCGCAGGCUCUGCCCGUGGCCGCGGAGCCGCCGCAGGGCUUGCUGGGAGAGCGCUUCAGCUUCACCUUGUACACGCCGCCCUUCAUGGGGCCCGGCGCGGCCGUGCACCUGGCCGUGUACCUGCGGGGCGACGGGGGGGAGUUCUGGGACAACAACGAGGGCCAGAACUACAGCCUCCAGUACCGCUGCAUGCCCGGCCCCCCAACCUAUGGCAGCGCCGCUUUCUCCACCUGAACUGUGCGUAAAAGCUGCAAACCUGUGCGUAAAAGCUGAGAACCUGUGCGUAAAAGCUGAGAACCUGUGCGUAAAAGCUGAGAACCUGUGC